AUUAAUUUUAGUUUCGUGGAAGCGGACUUGAAUGCACUAAGAACCACUGAAUAUCUUCGCAGUGCUUCGGUGUUCACAGCGGUAUGUGGUGAAUGUGGUGAAGAAAUUAUUAUCGAACGUGCGUCAACGAACUGGUAUUGGUGUACAAAGUGCUUUAGCGAUCAGCAUCUCCUCCGGUCACCUCAGCUUAGCUAUCGGGUACGGAUACCAGUAGCGUAUUCACGUGCAGACGGGCAAAUGGCGCAGCUGGCUCUAGCAAUCUCAAGGGCUAUAUGGGCUGGAGUACCGGGUGGAAGUAGAGUAAUGUCCGAGGAGAACGUUGUGGAACUCUAUUCGGAGCGCGACACGUCACAUUUCGUGCGGAACUUGAACAAUACGCUACGAUUCACUGAGGCUGUUAUGAGAAGAAUGAAAAUUUCGAAUGUGGUUGGUAAAAUCGUCAAGCUGGAUCGAAAGACCGGAUCGAUUGACCUUUUCGUCGAUCGAUGUACUUUCAAGGACAGAAGAACGAGCAACGAAAUCUUUUUCUGA